GCAUGAUUUCAAUUACUGAAAAGCGAUUGGCUAGUUCCCAGUGACGAUGCUACGGGUCGGCUAUAGGGACAUAGAAAAGUCAUGGGGAGUUUUGAGUGAAAAAAAAGCACAAACCCAUAAGUUUACUUUUCGGGUUCAGAUAAAAAUCAUCUGUUGAUGAGCAUAACAUUAUUAGCACAGAGCGGUUUGGUUUCAGAUAUCUUUCAUUUGCAAUUGCGAUAGGAGGCCCGUUCUCCUCCCCAUCGGGUUUCGAGCAUGGCGGCGGUGUUAGUGAAUGAGCGACUGCUGCGCUGGGUGAGGAGGAGCCUGAAACAGCAAUGGUCUUGUGCGCUAACAUGCAUAAGGAAUUCUGCAACAGGCAGUUGCAGAAUUGAGAAAGUUCUUAUUGCAAAUCGAGGUGAGAUUGCCUGCAGGGUAAUGAGGACAGCAAAGAAAAUGGGAGUUCGUUCUGUGGCUGUUUACAGUGAAGCAGACAAGAAUUCCAUGCAUGUCUCAAUGGCCGAUGAAGCCUACCAUAUAGGUCCUGCAGCCUCACAGCAGAGCUACCUAAAUAUGGAAAAGAUCAUUCAAGUAGCCAAGCUAACAGAAGCACAGGCCAUCCACCCAGGCUAUGGAUUCCUUUCUGAAAACACAGAGUUUGCAGAAUGGUGUAAAAAAGAGGGCAUCAUUUUUAUUGGCCCUCCUUCCACGGCUAUUAGGGAUAUGGGAAUCAAGAGUACAUCAAAGGCCAUAAUGUCAGCUGCUGGAGUGCCUAUAGUUGAAGGUUAUCAUGGUGAUAAUCAAUCUGAUCAACGCUUAAUGGAGGAAGCCAAUCGAAUUGGCUAUCCUGUGAUGAUAAAAGCGGUUCGGGGGGGAGGUGGCAAGGGUAUGCGCAUUGCUCAGACAAAGGCCGAGUUCCUCGAACAACUGGAAUCUGCACGAAGAGAAGCACAGAAGUCCUUCAAUGAUGAUAUUAUGUUGCUGGAAAAGUUUGUAGAAAAUCCAAGACAUGUAGAAGUACAGGUGUUUGGGGACCAGUAUGGCAAUGCUGUUUAUUUGUUUGAAAGAGACUGCAGUGUACAAAGGAGACAUCAAAAAAUCAUUGAAGAAGCACCUGGGCCUGGAAUUAGUCCUGAGGUGAGGAGAAGACUUGGUGAAGCUGCAGUCCAGGCUGCUAAAGCUGUUAAUUAUGUUGGAGCUGGGACAGUGGAAUUCAUCAUGGAUUCUCAGCAUAAUUUUUAUUUCAUGGAGAUGAACACGAGACUGCAGGUGGAGCAUCCAGUCACUGAGAUGAUAACAGGAACUGACCUUGUUGAAUGGCAGCUUCGGGUCGCUGCUGGCGAAAAGCUUCCUAUGUCGCAGGAAGAGCUCUCUGUCAAAGGUCAUGCAUUUGAAGCAAGAAUUUAUGCUGAAGAUCCAAACAAUAACUUUAUGCCAGGAGCAGGCCCUUUGCUGCAUCUGUCAACGCCUGUACCAGAUGCUUUUACAAGAAUUGAAACUGGAGUCAGACAAGGUGAUGAAGUUUCUGUGCAUUAUGAUCCAAUGAUUGCUAAGCUGGUGGUUUGGGGAGAUGACCGUACAGCAGCACUAAAUAAAUUAAAAUAUUGUUUGCGUCAGUACAAUAUUGUAGGCUUAAACACAAACAUAAAUUUCUUGUUCAACCUGGCUGCUCAUCCCGAAUUUGAGGCUGGAAAUGUCCACACAAAUUUUAUCCCUCAACAUUAUGAUGGACUGUUCCCAGCAAAGGAAUCUGCAAGUAAAAUUGCUCUCUGUCAGGCAACACUUGCUCUAAUACUACAAGAAAGAAUUCAAACAAACACUUUCAAAGCACUUUCACAUGAUCCAUUUUCACCAUUUGCACACAGCAGUGGAAGAAGGUUAAAUAUUCUGCACAGACGAAAUCUUACAUUGCUUGAAGGACAGAAUAAGGUGAAUAUUGAUGUUGCAUAUAACAAUGAUGGGACUUACAGUGUUCAGAUUGAUGGACAGGUUUUUCAUGUAUUUGGAAAACUUACCACAGAGGGAGAUGCCACGUAUUUGGAGUCUUCAGUAAAUGGGAUUCUUUCAAAACCUAAACUGGUGAUCACAGACAACAGUAUUCACCUAUUUUCAAUGGAAGGGGCUGUAGAGCUCAGUAGACCUGUGCCAAAGUAUUUGGUUGGAAUUGAUGCCUCUGGAGCCGAGGGAACAGCAAUGGCACCAAUGACUGGAACUAUUGAAAAGGUGUUCAUUAAGGAAGGUGACCAUGUGCAAGCUGGAGAUCCAUUAAUGGUAAUGAUAGCCAUGAAAAUGGAGCAUACAAUAAAAGCUCCAAAGGCUGGGGUAAUUGAGAAAAUUCUGUACAAAGAGGGUUCUCAAGCUAACCGACAUGCUCCAUUGGUAAAAUUUGUGGAAGAAGAAGUUUCACAAUGAAUUUAACUCAGUUUCUUUUGACCAAUAUAUGCAAAAACUGCUAUUUAUGGAUACCUUCUUUUUCAUGUGUCUGUUGAAUUUAUUCCGUAUAAGCUAUUCGGACCAUGUGCAAAUGGGCAGUAUUUAUAAUCUACAGUCAGAACAGUCUACUAUAAUACCCAGAAGGCAACAAUAGGUAGCAUUUGUCUGUUGCAUGGUAAUUGGACUAUUAAUUUUGAUAAUAAAAUUACUUGAUCAACUGAAUCUUGGAUACCUGGGAAAAACGGUGUUAUAUUUCUAUAUGAUGACUACUUUUAACCUCUGACAGAAAGAGUAUUUAUAAUAGCCAUUAUAUCUAAUGGUUUUUGGCUUGUCACACUAUAAGAUUUCAGACUUCCGGUAAUUUAAAAAAAAAUACAUGUAAAUGAUACCAUGCUAAAUUUAAUCAUAAAUCUGUAACAUUGGAAUUGUGUACUAAAACUUCUUUUCUGAAUGUUACUUUUUGCACCCCACUUUAACUUGAGGUAAAUGGAUGAUUUUUUAUUAUCUUUGUUGCAUAGGCAAUACAUUCUGUAUUCAGAGCACCUGGCCAUUAUAAAAAUCCCUUGAUUUUUAUUCCAUUGUUUCAGCACAAAGUGCUGAAGAUGAAAAAUACCCCAGAGAGUCAAGUUAUCAUUAAAGAGUUUGCAUGCUUUUAUUUCAUAGAAAUUAAUUGGACCACUUACAACGGCAAUAUUUUUAUGCCAUUAGCACAUCCUGUAUUGGUGAUUGGAUGAUAAACUGAAUGCCGCUGAUUUCCUCUGGGCUAUUCAGACCUAUAAUGUAGAGAGAAUCUUAUGGAGCAUUCAUCAGGGAGUGUAGGGAAGCAUUUUUUGUUUGGCUGCUUAUAUGAGUCAGGCGUCAGGUUAGCGGUUUCCAAUGCAGUCAGAAAUUAGAGGUGAAAAUAACAGUCUGGAGAGGCAAACUGGUAAGAGGUAGCAAUGCCAGAGGGACUCAUUUUAAUAAAAACUAAAGCUAACUCGUCACAGAGAAAAUUAUUCAUUUGAAGUGUGUGUGCUUUAUGGAAUAACAGGAACGGGUGGUUUCUUUCUUGUUUUACAUGGAAUAGCCUAUGUCACAGAAUACCUUAAUGAAUCGGGUUUUACUAUUCUGUUUGUUUACAAAUUAUAUUGAAAAUAAACACAUCAUUUCGAUUUUUUUCUCCCAUUGGUCUUGACCCUCUAGAUAAUAAAUGAGGCUACUGUUUUUGGAAGUUAGAAAUAGAGGCAAUUGCAAGAUGAGAGUUAUUUAAUAUGAAACUUUAUUCUUGUGGUCAUAAAUAUUAAGCGUAUAGGUUCUGCUUGAAGGAAUGACCAAUUAAAUGCUUACUCUGAGAGAAUAGCCAGAGGAAUCCCAAGAUUUUUAAAAGCUUGAUAUAACUCUUCUGCAGCUAUUGUUCCUUUUCAGUUAUUGAAUGGCACAAUCAAUAAGAAACAGGUUUUCUCCAGCUUACGAAUGCCUGACUUAUGUACAGCCCAUACAUGCAAACGAGUGUUUGGGAGACCAACAGGAUGGAUUUGCCAUCUGCUGCUGGGCUGCAGGAAUCUUCUGCCAUGUGGGAAUUUGGUUUGUGGCUGCAUUUCCAACUUGCGAACUGUCCAGGUUAUGAACCGUUCACAGGAACAGAACCCUACCUAACCUGGGGAGGACCUGUAUAAAGCUAUUUAUGGUUAUUGAUUAUCUUUCUAGUAGAGUCUUUUACUGCUUUUUGAGGUAAUUUUGUGCCUCAAUACUUGAUUUUAUAUUUUAAUUGCCUUAUAUUUAUAGCUAUUUUUGAGCAGACACUAAAGCAGUUAAUGGGAAUAAAAGAUAAUACUUCAUGUGGAGUGAGGAAAGAAAUAAACUUUGGUAGAUAUUUGGAGCUUGUCACAUGCCAAACAUUGUGACAGGGAAAUGUAUGCAGGCACUAGUGAACUACUAAUAGAAGCAACUAUGCACUUAGAACCAGUGUCAUUAGAGUUUCCUCAUUCCAGGUUAAUUCAGAAAUUCUUGUUAGAGAAAAGUAAUACUGCAGAUUUAGUUGCAUGUGCAGAAGUUCUCACUAAUGAAUAGAUUAAGUUCAUUAUUUUUUAAUGAUUUUUUUUACUAAGGUAUAUAAAUGAAUAUUUUCUAAAGUGCUGCAACAGAGCUAAUAGGCAGGAGUGCAAAGUAGAAAUUAAAAAUAGGAAUGGGUCUUCGAGGAUUGUGCUCUUAUGGAGCAUUCAAUGAUCAUAACCUUUUGUAAUUGCUUCAUUUUUUUUUUAUUUUUGUGCUUUUCUGUGAAUUGCUAGUUUUUUUUCCAUCAAUCCUUUUUUCUUCUUCUCCUCUAUCAAAACUGUUCAUUUCUGCUGUGGCCCAUUCUCCAGAGUCUGCCCACAAUCUGAGAGUUUUGAUGAAGUUGUCGCCAGGCAUGUCUGAUCUUAAGUACCCUGGUUAUGUCUGAUCAUGUUCUAAUGCAGCAACCAUAAACGUGCUCCCAGCAGGUAUUUCGUAUCAACUAUUUUGAGAGGUAGCAUGGCUUUUUGGUACUCUUAUUCUGGCCCCCCCCCCCCCCCCCAAAAUGCAGCUGCUCUUUCCCCUUCUUGAUCCAUAUAUGGGAUCAAAUUAGACAGAAUAACCUCCAAGCUAUGUCUAUACAUGUCUACUGUUCUCAAGAUAAAAAUUGCAACAGCUCAUUUCUUCAUUACUUUUACUGGUGAAACUGAAAGUUUUAAAUUAACAAAUAACCUUUUGCUGUCAACAAGAUGCUGGAGGAACUCAGCAGGUCGGGCAGCAUCUGUGGAGAAAAGCAGACAAUCAACGUUUUUGGGUCAGGACCCUUCUUCAGGACUGAUAGGAAAAGGGGAAGCCCAAUAUAAAGGGGGAAAACAGAGCAGUGAUAGGUGGAAAACAGGGGAGGUGGGAUGGGCACAAGGUGGUGAUAGGUAGAUUCAGGUAAGAGAUGGUGAUAGGCAGGAGGAGAGGAGAGCAGAUCCACCAGGGGAUGGGUCAAAGGUAUGGAGGCAGGUGGCAUGGGGGGAGGGGAGAAGAAAAGGAGAGAGGAUUGAUUGAACAUCAAAUUCUCCCUCUUUCAGUAAACCAAUCCUCCCCCCCACCACCACCUUGCCUCUUUUCUUCCCUUUCCUAGCCUAUCUUUUUUUUUUCUCCUUGCCUUUUUUGUUUUCUUUCCUUCUCCUCUCCUCAGGUGCUCGAGGCUGGCAUUUUUCUUCUUGAAAAUCAAAAUACAGCAAGUGCUGGAAACCCAAAAUAAAAAUAGAAAAUGCUGGAAACACUCAGCAAGUUAGGCAGCAUCUGUGAAAAGAGAAAGAGAGUUAACAUUCAGAUCAAAGACCCUUUUGUCUUUUGAACCUGUGCCUGCAGAGAAAUUGUACUAUGCAAAAGUAAGAAAAGACAUCAGGCAAUUACCUGAACACGACUAGCAUGAUUGUACAUUUGGUGCCUUGCUCUAUUCCAACAUUGUCUUUGAUUGUACUUUUCUGACUUGAAUGGGAUUAUUUCACUUCUUCUGACAUCUUUCAUCUUUUAUUAUUUUCUUUGCCUAAAUGGUCACAUUAAGGGUCUGAACUGCAUGGAUUUGUUUGUAUACACUUAUGCAACAAUAUGUUUGCAAUAUUGAUUUUUGUAUUAUGAUGUAACUGCGGGGGAAAGCACAAUGCAUGGUGCUCUCCAGGAUCUGGUGAUUUCUUUCUCUUACUUUUCUAAGUGAUGCAAUAUACUCCUUUAUAUUAAUUAUAGCAGUUUAAUGAUUGGGAAAAGAAAUGAUAUGCCUAUUUGAGGUUUCUUCAGUUUAGUAGUUAUUUGCUUAUAUAUGGUCUAUGGGUCUCAGUUACCAGUGACUACUAAUCCAUUGUCAUAGUAACUUGUUUUUUGUUUUGCCUCAGUUCACUAAUCUGUGACUUGCAGUCCCUCCAUUGGAACCUGUGGAAAAAUUGUGGGCAGGUGCACGCAAAGGAGAGGCACUCACUCUAGCUGGUCUAAAUGUUUUAAUUUUUAUAUACCUGUGACCAAAGCACACUAAUUUCUGUGGUCAGAGUAAAGUCAUUCACAUCUACUCACUCUCAGAAACAUCCUAUGCCUUUUUGAUUGUAUCUUGGAGAAUUUUCUGCAACUUCAGCAAUUUGGACUGUUCUGCCAUGCCACUUACAGGGACUCAAGGAGAUCUUCAAGUUCUGCUACAACAGAGGCGUGGAACAUUUGUCUAAAUUUCAAUCGCAUCUUCAAACUUUUUUUUUCAAAAGAACCUGACUUUUGAGGCACAGUGGUUAGAAUGUAUAGUAACUAGUAAUGUUUUAGCUAAACCAAUUUUCAUAUCCCCAAAAGCGAUGCACCAGACAGUGGUCAGCUCACCUCACACCUUGCGGAUGCAUUAAGGUUUUGUUGCUGCAUGUCCCUGGUGCUGUUGCCAGCAUUGCUGCCUCAGUUAUUCUAUGAAGUGGAGCAGGCUGCAAGCAGUAACUCAGCUGCAGGUGACAGAAGCCAAGCCCCUCCCCUCCCAAACCACUGUGAUAGCAUAGUUCAGCCCAGUAAUGGAGUGAGAGGCCAUAUACACCUGUGUCUGACCUCUAUUGCAUUCUGUACUUGCAUAGUCCAGCACAAAAGCCCAGAACACACUCAUGCACACAGUGCUGCCAAUCAGUGGUUCUCUGCAGACUGUUGACUAGCCACCUCCUCAAUCCUGUCCAUUAAUGUAGCAAAAGUAGUUGUAGACAAACAAAUGGUGCAAGCUCUGUUAAACAGGAAUUUCUAUCCAAAUUGCCUUACUGGAUGCUUAAAGUAAAAUUAAGUGCUUAAUCACUCUUGUGGUUAUAUAUUCAUUAGAAAUGCUAUGGUAAACCAACAAUGCCAACAUUUUUCACGGCACAUGAAUGGAAAGCUCUUUUUCUUUUUUAACCAGUCUCUCAAAUAUUUAAGUAAGUGUUUUCUAUCCAGUGGCAGACAGGUUCCUGAGUAUUUUUAAUAUGCUGUCCAGGUCCUUGUGCAAUACAUUUCUUUGACGUUAGGUAACAGUUCACUUAGAGCUUUGUAACUGUGUAAUCACUACAUAGCAUGCUGAUUGAGUCAGUACUAUAUAAAUAGCACAGGGACAUUUGGAGUUUUUUAUAGUCGUUUUUGUUGAUGCAUGUCUCAAGUAUUUAAGGAUCAAUGUGAGGAUGAUAGUCCCAAGUUCCAUUUUAAGGCAUCCACUAGCAGUGUGAGAUAUUCUCAUAACAAGUCAAGCAGUUAGAGAAUUCUGCUCCUUGAAUAUCAUUUGUUGCACCAUGCUGUUUGUCAAAUUGAGAUGGCCAUAAGACAGAAUCCUACAAUAAGCACAGAAUAAUUUUUUUUUGUUUUGGCUAAUCUGCGCUUGCGUAAGGAUGUGAAAACCUAUUGAUCAACCCUUAUUGUUACCAAUCCUCAUGUCCUUCUCUUGGAUUAGGUCUGCACUUUUUAUAAAGUGUAAUUUAAUAAUAGGGCAAAGAAGAACGAUUAAUUAUGAAAGGUUACCCAGACGAGCGGCAAGUAUCUGUUGAGAUUGCGUAAAAUAUCCAUUAAAAUUGGUAGUGGGAGGGAUGGAGGAAGGUGGAAAAUGCAAAAUUUGUAUUGGAAAUGGUAAUGGGAAAGGUAUCACAAAAAAAUUGCUCUUUACUGUAUGAAAAUCAUUGUAAAUUUGCAAAAAAUAUCUGAGUUUAAUUGAAAAUAAAACAAUGGAAAAAACUGGAUUUUUGAUCGUUUACAGUUUACCUAUUUAUUUGAUCUCAGUUAGCUUUGGCCAAGUAAAUAAUACAUUUAUGUAUCAAAAUCUGAAGCAUAUUUAAUCAUAAAUUAAGAAAAAAACACUUCUAAAUAUCCAUAUCCCUGGAAAAUCAAUUGUGAGAUAAAUGAAGUGUUAUUUUUACAAGGCCUUUUUGGGCUGUAAUUUUUCCAUUAUUCCAGAUUAUGAAGGCAGAAGGUACGCUUCAUUCAAAUAAUAUUUACCUGCUGCAUUGAUGAUUUCAUUUCAGGAACUUGUAUUUUUAGAUUGUUUCUAGGUAUUGAAAUGUUACUUUGGAAAAAUCAUUAAUAUAGUACCUAAGGCCUUACUGUUGAAAUAAAAGCCCACGAUGCUUCAUAGAAGCAUUACUAGGCAAGCAUUGACACAGCCAGCAAAGGAAAUGUUAAGAGGGGUAAAUGAGAGUUAGCUCAAUUUUUGCUAAAUGACUUUAAAGAUGAGAAAUAGCAAGGUUUAGGAAGGGAGCCUGAGAGAUAACAGCUGAAAUCUACCUAUGGCAGGAUGAUGUAAACAGCAGGUACUUGAGAUUCAAGAGCGGAAGGAAUGCAGAGUUCUUGAAAGAAAUGCAGAGAAGGAUUGGAAAACAAAGGUAAAAAUAUUAGAUUUAGAGACCACAGAGCAGGGAUCAAUACAUGUUAGCAAUGCACAGAUGGGUAAGUGUGAUGUUCUGCAGGUUAGAAUACAAGCAUACAGCUCCAUCCUCAAGUUUGUGGAGAAUGGGAGGCUGGCCAGGAAGGUAUUGGAACAGCUGACUGGAAGUGACAAAGGCAUUGCAGCUACAAAUGGCCAAAGGUAGGGCAGAGACGGGUAAUGUUACGGAGAUGGAAGCUGGUGGUCUUUGUGCUGGAGAGAUGUUUAGAAGCUCAGGUAGAGUCCAUCUGUGCAUUGACUUUGUAAGCAUUCAUUUGCUUCAGCCAGACUUGGCAAAUGAGGAAAAAUGGAAUCGGGGACAAUGACAUUGAUGAAGUGUCUUUGACCUGAAUAUAAACCCUAUCUUGUUCAAUGGACGCUGCCAGGUCUGCUGAGUGUUACAAACAUUUUCUGUUUUUAUUUCAGAUUUUUGGCAUCUGCAUUUUUGUUUGAUUCUCACAAGGGUUUUGGUUUAUGACUUUUGGUUUAUUCUUUGUUUAAAUGGGGGCAAUUAUGGCUAAUGGAGUACUGGAUGUUGGACAAGGAGACAAAAAUCACAGAUGAUUUGGGAUGAAAGGGAGAAUAAAUUGAAUUUUAUCCACAUCCACAUAAAGCCAGAUGUCUUCAGGUAAUGCUGCUGAGUUACAGACCAAGAAUGUGUCCUUGGGCAAUGAGAUUAGGAGAAGUCUUUGUUGGAGAUGCUUUAGCUAUGAUAACAAGGUAACAGUAGGCCUAAUCACAAACAAUCCCAUUUAGCUGGACAAUGGAGAAGAGGAUGAUAUGGUUAUGCCAAAGGCUACAGAAGGAUGAAGGGUGAAUAGAAUAAACUAAUUUUGGAUACUUUGAAUUGAGUUGGUUCAAUACUGUUGGGGGUGAGGGAGCAGAAAUCUGAUUGAAAUUCAAAUAUGUUAUAGGAAAUAAAGACACAGAUUUGAGAGGUGACUUUGUUCCAUUUGUUUGCAAGGACAGCCGAGUUGAGUUUUCUUGGUAGGAUACAGUGGCUUUGGGAAAGAAAAGAACCAAAAGAGGGUGAAGUUUUUAUAAUGCCAACUAACAUUGGGGGGGGGGGGGGGGUUCAGUAA